GCUCCCGGCUCGGUGGCCGGCGGAGCUCGGCGGGAUGCGGCGGAGCGCGGCAGCGCGCGUAGCUGCCAGGACCUGGCCAGGCGCUGCUGCGCAUGCGCGGCCCGUGCUCUUGCUCCUCGUCCGCAACAUCUUUCUCCUCAUCCUUUUCCUGAUCUUUUUCCCGUCCCUGCACCUCUGCCGCCGCUGCCAUGGGGAAGCUGAACGUGGUGAUGCUGCGGUACCUGUCCCGGGAGCACUUCAGGGUGCUGACCGCGGUGGAAAUGGGCAUGAAGAACCAUGAAAUAGUUCCUGCUAGCUUAAUUGCUUCCAUUGCCAGCCUUAAACACGGUGGCUGUAAUAAAAUUUUGAGAGAGCUGGCGAAGCACAAACUUCUGGCUUAUGAACGAACUAAAACUGUCCAGGGUUAUCGGUUAACUAAUGCAGGAUAUGAUUACCUGGCUCUGAAAACUCUCUCUUCCCGGCAAGUCAUCAGUUCUGUGGGGAACCAGAUGGGUGUUGGCAAAGAAUCAGAUAUUUAUAUUGUUGCCAAUGAAGAGGAGCAACAGUUUGCACUGAAAUUGCACCGGCUGGGGAGAACCUCCUUUCGCAACCUGAAAAACAAACGUGACUACCACAAGCACAGGCACAAAAUGUCCUGGCUGUACUUGUCCCGGAUAGCAGCAAUGAAGGAGUUUGCCUACAUGAAGGCUUUGCAUGACAGAGAAUUUCCUGUUCCAAAGCCCAUAGACUACAACAGGCAUGCAGUUGUUAUGGAACUUGUUGAUGGAUAUCCUUUGUGCCAGGUGCGCCAAAUGGAAGAUCCAGCUGCCGUCUACAGUGAAUUAAUGGACCUGAUUGUAAAACUCGCCAAUCAUGGUCUGAUCCAUGGGGAUUUCAAUGAGUUUAAUCUCAUCCUGGAUAAUAACGACCAUGCUACUUUGAUUGAUUUCCCUCAGAUGAUGUCAACAUCACAUGCAAAUGCUGAAUGGUAUUUUAACAGAGAUGUUAACUGUAUUAAGGAGUUCUUCAAGAAACGCUUCAACUAUGAGAGUGAGCUCUUCCCAGCCUUCAAAGACAUCAGGAGAGAGUAUUCUCUUGAUAAAGAGAUUGCUGCCAGUGGCUAUGCAAAGGAGAUGCAGGAAGAUGGUGAACUGCUUUACCCCACAGGUUCUGAUGAGGAUGACAAUACAGAGGUGUUAGAACUUCCAGAGGAUGCUGAGAAAGAGCUCAACUUCUUCAGCAGAAAUGAACAGAACAGUGAAGACUUCACAUGUGAAGUGGGUGAUUUCUCUGAAAGCAGAGCCUCUGACAGUGCUGCAAGCAGCAGUGAGGAAGAGGCUGAUACAGCUAAAAGCAGGGAAAAUACACAAAGACUAAAUAUGGCAGAGUUGAGUUCAGCCUUGGAAGAAGAUGAAGGACUAGCUGUGCCUUGGAAGUCCAGUGAAGGUGCAGAGAGUUCUGCAAUUACUUCUUUUAAGGGCAAAAGACUAACUGAAAAUGCUGCUGAACUGGAAGGUCAGGCAGGUCAAGGAGGGUGCUGUGAAGGUAAGGAGAAUGAAGAAGAGUGCCCAGAGCUGGUCAACUCAUCAGCUUUAAAUGAGGAAUUCAGUCAUUACAGUAAUGAGGAGUGUAUUGUUCCCAUUGCUGGGCACAGGACAAGGACUAAGAGCAUCACAUCAGUCAGAAGUGUUGGCAGCUGUUCAACCAUUCCUCCGGAACUGGUGAAACAGAAGAUAAAGCGUCAGCUGACCAAGCAGCAGAAAUCUGCUCUGAAGCAACGGCUGCAAAAAGGGGAGGCAAAUAUUUACACCAAGCAACGUCGAGAAAACAUGCACAACAUUAAGUCAAGCUUGGAUGCAGCCAAUUUCUGGGGAUAAUUUAUUAAAGCUCCUGUGAAACAUGAGGAAUGUAUACAGCUAAAAGGAUCAUGCUAAUUUACCAAAAAUCCUUUUAUGUAAAGGAGCAAUUUCUGCUAUGCAAAUCAGAUGUUCUUCUGUGAGUUAAUAGAUGUCAUUCUCAUUCCUGUGACCUUGACUGGGAGGUUGUGUUUUGUGUUUCUAGUCAAAACUGUUGACUGUAAUUUACAUUAUAUCAGUAGUACUGAUUAUGACAGGACUUUCCAGCAGUGUUUUGUCAUAACUGAGUUGUGGUGUCUUUGUUGUGCAGAGGCACAAAAAGCCUUUUUCUUCAACUGUAGAUGCACAAUUAUUUCCAUAAAUGUAAAAUGAAAAUAGUUUUUGCUAAGUUAGUGAGAGGUGACAUUACUUUAACUUUUCUUCCAAAACUUGGGGACUUAGUCAGAUGUUACAAAACCUGAUUUCAUUGGCUGAAAUAAUCAUUUAGUGCACAAUGUGCCUUGUCUGCUGGAGCUUAGAAACAUAAAUAGUAGAAAUCAUUAAAAUAUUAAUUGGCACAAGCACAUUUUGAAGUGCUGUUCUACAAAACAAUACUGAAGCACAAAAAGCCCUACUGCCAUCUGACUACUUUAUUCUAAAGGUAAAAGUAGCUUACAGUAGAUGUAAAAAGUUAAUCUUAAAAUAAUAAUGAAAUACAACUGACAGAGAUGUCUAAAAGCAGUAUUCAGCAGUCAUUUAGAAAUUUUCAGUAUUUUGCUUGGCAGUGUUCAUCCCUCAUGCGUCGCUAUCAUUUGCACAGAGUGCUAUCUCAGUGCGAUUCCAUUAAUAUUUCUGUUUUAAUCAUCAGUACUGGCAGAGCUGACCAACAGGAAUUUAGUCUUAUUUGUGUAUCCAUUCUGAUUAGUUUUGGAGUUGUUUGGUUGAGGUUUGUUGUUGUUUGUUUUUAAGAUUCAGUGUCUUCACAUGACCUGGACAGUACUCAGUAGGCAAGAAACCCCAAAACAUUAAAAAACCCUAGAAUACAAUCCCUACAGACACAGUGCUCAUUCUUGACGGCAGGAGCCCUUCACAAACGCCAGAACAUUUAUCUUCCUAGGCACCAUAAGCAGACACUGCUGCUGUUUUGCAAGAAGAAACAGGAAGUGAUGUAACUGGCAGUUUGGGGUGUUAAAUGUGAAAAUUCCAAAUUCUCAUUCUUACUGGCACUCACUGGCACUGGAUAUUUUCACCUGCGGCUCCCAGUUCCCUUCACUCUACCCAUGGCCAGGGUGCAGCAGCGGCUGAAGCCGUUCCCCGUCAGGAGCCGAGCCGUGCCCCUCCCCGGCUGCCGGCCCGCCGCCCCUUCCCGCCGGGAUGGCCGCGGGAUGUUGGGGCGGCAGUGGCUCUGGGCUGCCUGGCGGGGCCACAGCAGCCUCACCCGCUGGCGCUCCAGGAGGAGCGGGCGGCACCUCCGCCGCCGCCGCGCACCGGGAGCGCCGGGCCGGGCGCGCCGCCGGCCGGCUCUGUCCGCUCUGUCUCGGGACAGGCUCCAGGGGGGACGAGCCGCGCUCGGAGCCUGAAACUCCUCCCCUGCCUCCUUUUCCGUCCCCCGGGCGUCUCCCCACCCAGAGCCCCUUCCCUACUGCCGUACGCGCCGGGGAUCUUCGUGCGUGCCGCCGGUACAUCUUCCCUUCCCCUGCUCCUUUGGCUAAGGAGGGAUGUUUGACAAGAAAUAACUUUGGCAGUGAAUCCUCUAUUUUCUUCCUUGCUCAGAAGUUGCAUCCUCAGGCUUGUUUGCUCCGCAAUUCCUCUCAAAGAGGCAGUGUUCUAGCGAUCUCUAAUUUCUGGAGGCUCUAAAUGCAAAGAAGGGAGGGUGAGAAGUUGCAAAUGAUAGAUAGGCAUAGAUGACAGAUAUUUGUCUUUCCAUACAGUGGAAAGCAAAGUGCUAGCAGAACUCUAAAAUAGCUUUAUUUGUUACUAUACUAUUUAAUUGUAAUAUAUAUUUAGGUUAUUAGAUCAAUAUUAAAAACAUUCCUAGUACAGUUAUGACUUUUCAUGUUCUAUUGAAAAUAAAAAGAAAACCAUGCUGUUUUUAAGGAAAUACCUCCUUCACAACACUGGUUUCAAAAGCCAGUUGCUGACCUUUUUUCAGAAGUCUCUUUAUAGGGAAGAUUUUUUUGUUAUUUAACCACUGCAGAAAUCCAAAAAACCACUACCUUAAAUUAUCCACUAUCUUAUGGAGGAAUCUUUCAUGUGCCUUUUUCUAUGGCCAUAAAUCUCUGACUUCAGAGAAGCAAUUCCUUUCUAAAAACAUCCAUCUCUCUGCUGUCACAACAUGGAGCCCUGUAUCCUGCAUUUUCCUCUCUGUGCUACACUCCCUUCCGGGUAAUUCUGUCACAUUGGGGUGAGAUACAGAGGAACCUGCUCCUGUUAUCCUCACUCUACCUUUGGUGCAGCUGUGUAUUUCCAGCUGUGUAUUGUGCAUCAUCCCCCAAGCUCUGUGUUACUCUGAAACUGAAGUUUUCUUCAGGAACUUCAGGACUGACAGUAAGUGACCUUUUUGAGUGAGCUAGAAUUUUGCCUUUCAUCUGCUUCAAGACUUUUGAGUUGUGCCUCCUCUUUGCAUCUGAAAUAUUAAAACUCAUAUAUUUUGAGUUUGUUUCACCCUUCAUGCCUUGUAAAAUAAAUGACAGAAAGAAUAUAAAAGAAUAAUCCUGGUUAUUUUUUGACCUCAUUUUAGUUAAACUGAAGGAUCAUAUUUUAAUGUGACUUUUUAGAUAUCAUACUAGAUACUAGCAGAGGUAUCAUGUACCUAACGUAGCAAUCUGAAGCCCAUAAAGUUUCCUGGCUUCUGAAUAUGUGUAGAAUGCAAUAUCUACAGUAAAUUAGAAGUUUAAGGGAGGCCUCCUAGCUAAACCAACGAGACAUGAAAACAAUAAAAGGUAACAAUAGGACAGAUACUUUCUAGUAUUGAAACUGUAUCAUCAUAUCAGAAGUAUCAGAAGCUGUAGCAUGUUUUCUUUCUUGAAAAACUUUUUUUUUUUAAAUCCUGGCUGAUUGAAAGCUGGAGAUGAUGAUCAUAAAAUUAGUUCUCAGAUGGUGCAAUUUAGAAUUUAAUCUUGGCUUCACAAAGUGGAGAAUUCCUUUCAUUAUUUGACUGCUGUGAGCACAUAUGACAGGCAAACUUAGACAUGUGUGUGAAAAUAUGUUCCCUCUCCAUGUUCGAGUUGAGUAUAAUGCAUCAUAAGCAGAGUAAAGAUAUCUUUUUAUCUCCUUUUAAAAACACAGUGUGAGUAUGGCAAUAAGAAUACGUGGAUUUCGUUGUUCUUUCUGUUGUUCUUUCUGCCUGAGAAUAAUUUCACUUAAUCUAUAUUAACAUAUCUUAGCUAGUGAAAACUUUUGUAAUGUUAUUAUCUUAAAAUGUAAAGCAUUACAAUUGUUUUUUAAACUAUUUUCACACUAAACAGAUUUUCACACUAGUUAAACAGAAAUAACUUUAUUCUGUUUCAUUUUCUGAAACAGUAACUUUUAAAGGAGUAGUUUUCCUCUGCUGUAAUUGUCUGUAAUUUUUUUCUUAAUAUUAAUGGUGUUUCACCCCAAAGGUAUAAUGUUAUUCCUCAAUAGUGUUAUGCUUUUGCAAUACCCUUCUGGCUGCAUUGCCAGUCCUCUACCUGAAGUUACUUUGCUCAUUGUCUAACUCAAACCUAUAACUGACCCAAAGCCAUAGUGACUUGUGAUACAAGCCUAUUUCUAAAAUACAACACAAUAAUAACAAGUGAUAUUUUUUCAAUACUUUUUUUUAAGAUUUUGUUGGUGUUUUAAAAAUACAACUGUGUGAUGUCUUUCAUUCUGUCGCUUCUCACACUUUACACUUCCAGAAUUUAAAAAAAGAAAAAUAUAGGAGGAUGUAUAGAAUGUAUUGGGAGAGAAAGGGGUGGGAGUUGCCUCUAAAAGAAGCAAAAGAAACCUAACAUGGACACUUGUAACAAACCCAGUUUUACUGAUAUCUUGUGGAACAAUUUCUAUUUAUUUCAGCUGGAUUAACUAAGGUCUCCCAUGGAGGAAAGGAAAAGCUCCUGAAUGUGUGGGACAUGCUUUUUGCUUCAGUAUUUUAUUUUAAGUAAUAAAUGCAGGAUUUUGCAAUAGCUUGGUAAAAUCUUGGUGCAAAAUUCUAGAAAAAAAGCAAUACAGCAGUGUCAGAUAGGGUCAAGAACUCUGCAAUAAUCAGUUAAAAUAAAAAGUUGAGGAGGGAGUUACGCUGAACAGACAAAUUGGGACUGAGCACUACUAAUCUGUAAGGAAAUAUAAAAUCUUACAUUAAUAAAAAUCUAAUAUUUCUGUGUCAAACUGAUCCUGGUUGAGAAAAGUUGGGUGGAGAGUUUAAUUCCAAUAGAAGGGGAAAAGGAUAGUUGAGUUCUGUGAGUGGACAGAAGCUGCAACAAUGCUAGAAAACAUGACUGCACAGAGGGAAACCGAGCAAGACAAAAUAAAGGGUUUGUGAUGGAUCUCAGGCAGG